UAUCCGGCUAAGUCUCCCAGUAGGUGAUAAGAGUUCAGAGCUGGAAACUGGUGCUAUCUGAUAAGAGUAGGUUGUCACUAGAGACAGGUAGGUGACAGCGUCUGUGCUGGGAUAUUAUAGAAACAGUAAGGAAGCUAAGAGCUCUAUGGGUGAGUGACAGGACCAGGUUUAUAGAGUUAGCAUAGGUUAAGACUUUUGUUAGAGAGACUUACUAAAUAUUUGUAAAUAAGUAUAAAACAAAUUGUGCUGUGACUUUAUUAUUAUAUAAUAUUAAAGGCAUCAUAUUUGUGCUGUAAUAAGGAGGAUUAAAGAUACAAUGACAUUUUUAUUGGUUUCAUCUAAAAGAUGGUGAAUUUAAAAUUAAAUUAUUUGUUUUUUAAAUAUUGUUCCUUUGCCUAAAAAUAAACGUAUUCUAUCUUUAUGCUGGAGGUGGACGAUACCAUCUACCAAUAGAGGCCCUAUAAAGCUUGUGGGGCAGGCUGUGAGGCUGAUUCAGUUACACGGCUUGUGCUAGGGUGCAGCCUGUCAGGGCUGUGUUUAUCUCACAUGCUUCCUGGCGCAUGCUGCUGUUUUCCCUGGGAUAACAUCUGCUCAGGCUCUAUACUCACAGCUUGGGUUACUGUAGGUCAGAAACCCACGUGGUCCCUGGAGGAGGGGAGUGGGAAAAGCUGCAAGGAGCACAGAGUAUGAGCAGACACAGUUAGGGAGUUUUACCCACUAGAGAAGUUUUUGUGGUCUGUCAUGUGAGCUAAUAGAGAUUGUGAACCAUAGACUGACUUUACAAGGGAGAUGAUAGAAGACACUGAGAAGCUUUACCAGCUUAGUGAGGAUUUCUCACAAGAACUGAUGGAAACCAGCGAAUACUCGACAGACUGGGACUCGGACAGUCUGCAGGAAGAAGCUUAUGUGUGGUAUCUGGAGAGGUUACAGAAUAUUCCCCUGGAAUACGAGCUGCAGUCUAGUAGCUCUGAGCUUGAGGAGAUACCAGCUGUAUUAAGUCCAACAUAUAAACAGAGAAAUGAGGAUUUUCGAAAACUCUUUAAACAGCUGCCAGACUCAGAGCGUCUCAUUGUAGAUUACUCCUGCGCUUUACAGAGGGAUAUCCUAUUGCAGGGGCGACUCUACCUCUCUGAGAACUGGAUCUGUUUUUACAGUAACAUCUUUCGCUGGGAGACUCUGUUGACUGUACGGUUGAAAGACAUCUGCUCAAUGACGAAAGAAAAGACAGCAAGACUUAUUCCUAAUGCUAUCCAGCUCUGCACUGACACUGAAAAGCACUUUUUUACUUCGUUUGGGGCUCGAGACAGAACCUAUAUGAUGAUGUUCAGACUCUGGCAGAAUGCACUACUUGAUAAGCCUCUGUGUCCCAAGGAGCUAUGGCAUUUUGUCCAUCAGUGUUAUGGAAAUGAGCUGGGACUCACAAGUGAUGACGAGGACUAUGUCCCCCCAGACGAUGACUUCAACACUAUGGGUUACUGUGAAGAGAUACCAGUAGAAGAUGUGGAAGUCAAUGACAAUUCCUCAAAAAGCAGCGGUGAUGUCAAACCUGAAACAAAUGCAAAUUCGAACCUGCAAGAUCCACCUCUGACUAUCAGCAACCUGUCAUGCACAGUUGGCACUGACAUCCCCAUAUUUGAUGGGGGGCUACUGGAUGAAAUCGAUAACGCUUUAGAAGGGGAAAUUAUCAUUGAAAACAUUGAGGAUCAGAAACUGGAAUAUAUUCCUCCAGUAACGUCACCAUCUUUGGACUUUAAUGAUAAUGAAGAUCUUCCAACGGAACUUAGCGACUCCUCUGAAACGCAUGAUGAAGGAGAAGUCCAAGCUUUUUAUGAAGAUUUAAAUGGUCGGCAGUACAUCAAUGAGGUCUUCAGUUUUAACGUGGACAAACUCUUCAGCCUCCUCUUUAGUGAAUCUCAGUUCCAGAGAGACUUCAUGGAGCAGAGGCGCUUCACAGAGGUUAUAUUUCACCCGUGGAAGAAAGAGGAGAAUGGAAAUCAAACACGCGUUAUCCUGUACACUAUUGCACUAACCAACCCACUGACACCGAAAUCCGCCACAGUUACGGAGACACAGACAUUGUACAAGGCGAGUCAAGAGAGUGAAUGUUACGUAAUUGAUGCAGAGGUUCUCACGCAUGACAUUCCUUAUCACGAUUACUUUUACACAAUUAAUCGAUACACUCUGACAAGGGCGGCAAGGAACAAAAGCAGACUCAGGAUCUCAGCGGAGUUACGAUACAGGAAACAACCAUGGGGACUCGUAAAAACCUUCAUAGAGAAAAAUUUCUGGAGCGGUUUAGAUGAAUAUUUUCACCAUUUAGAAAAUGAAUUGACCAAAGCAGAGACUGCAUACUUAUCGGAUCUUCAUCGUCAGUCCCCCAAAGAAAAAAGUAGUAAGCUCUCAUCAACUCGCCGCAGAAAGCGUCCCCAUUCUCACCUCCGCAUCCCUCAUCUGCAAGAGGUCCUGAGUCCAGUCACCACGUCUCCUGAUGAGGAGAAGCAUCACCGUAUCAGACAUGUGGCAGGCUCCACUCAAACACGACACGUCUCUGAAGAGAAACCAGCACAGCUGCAGAGCAUCUCAAAACUGCUGCUAAUCAUCAGCUGCGUCCUGGUGCUGUUAGUAUUGCUGAAUGGGCUGCUGUUCUACCGGUUGUGGAUGUUGGAAUAUAGUACUCAAGCGCUGGCAACAUGGCAGGGGCUCCGGUUACAGGAGAGUCGCCUCCCACAGUCCCAAGCAGAAUGGACUCAGCUCCUAGAUACGCAACAGAAGCACCAUGAAGCAGAGCUACAAAAAUGGAGACAAACGGUUAAAUCUUCAGUUAUGAUGCUGGACCAGAUGAAGGACUCAUUGACAAACCUUCAGAAUGGAAUUAUUUCUCGAGACUUGGGUUCAGACUCAGAUGAAAAGCAGUACCAGUGAAAACGCUUGGUACGGUUGACCAUAACAAGAGUGCAAUAUAUGUACUGAAAACAAUGAUAUGUAGAUACAUAAAUAUAUGUAUACUAUGAAAACAAAUUUAUAUUCUAUAUUGAUAUUGCGAGAAAGCAGCUAUAUAUAUUGGGUGAUCUUCCUCCAUUUGUCUCAGAUUUGAGUCCACGGGAAGUGAUGUUUGCGACUUACUUUCUCAGCCUUUGUUAUAAAGAAAGGACUUGGGCAGCUCUUCUGCAGGAUGAGUAUAUAAUUCUGCGCCAUAGCUCUACCUCCGACACCUGCAAAUCUUGCUGAUGUCAGCCUGAAGCUGCCCUCCAUCAUGAAGACAUUCACUGGCGCUCAAAGUAGAUAGGUGCUUAGGGGACAGGAAACACCCCAGGAAAGGAGGAGAAAGGAGCUACGGCACAAAAGCUCCUUGCGGAUUAAUUUCAACACAAACUAUAGGACUAAUCCGUGAAAAUUCUACUCCACUACCACAAGCACUUACCUGCAGCAUCUGAGGAGUGUUUUGUCUCCUGGAUGGAGAGAUACAAGGAAGAUUAGAUUUUAUAUUAUUUUUUCUUAAGUAAUUUAAGGCUUGAAGAUUAGGGAUUUUUGUCUUUCUUUUCAAAAGUAAUUUCUUCUUUUUAGAAAAGGCAUAUUGUGUCUUUCAGGACUUUACACCAUCCCUGCAGUAUCUGUAGACUUGUAAAUCUUCCCUGAAUAGCCCAUCCAGACCAUUAUUUGAAGAUGACCAUCCUUUAUUUCAUUCAUGACAUUGCCAAUAUGGUUAUGAAUUGGUAUUAUUUCCCAAAUCAGACGUGUUUGGAAAUUCCCCUUGGGUUACUUGUGAGCUACUGUGAUAGGUUAUAUUCACUUUUGUUUGUCAAACUAUGAAUGUGUCUGAAUGACAAAAAGCUUGAAUCUCUAAUGUUUUUUAUGGAAAGCUGCUAAGGUUAGGGAAUUCCCCAGAGGUUGUUAGCACUGAUAGAGAGGCCGCUUAAUGCCAUAGUGUAUAUUUCCUGGUUCUUUACUCUGUUCUCUUGCUUUGUGUCAGUAAUGGUGGGCAUGGGGUGCCAGAAUGCUCCAGUCCCACCGUAGGAAAGGGCUUUUUGUUAACCUGCAGGCUAGGUUAACACUGCCAUAUAUUUGCUUAAUGGCAACCAUGGUGACAAAGCAGAAGACAGGGAACAAUGUGGAAAUGUUAUUUUGUUAGUGGACUGACUGCGUUGAAUGUGUGAGAUAUCUCUAUAAGCGUGCAAUUCAAAAGAUUAUUCCACUGCUUAUUUGGGCAUAAAACAAAAAUCUUUAAAUAUUUAUAAAAAUAUUUGUACAAUGCACUAUUUAUUAUUUUUAUUUUCAUUUUUCCUGUAAUUUAUCACUGAAUAUUGUCGUUUUUCCUAUUCUGACAAAGAGUUUGGAGUGCAUACUCCAGAAGCCUGGCCCUGUUACAUUAUACACAGUGGCUCAUUUAUAUAUGUCCCUAAAUAGUAAACAUAUGAGAAAAGUUAGUGUUCUUAAGAAGCAUUUCAAAGAGUAUGUCCCUUAAUUGCAAAACAAUCAUAUUUUAUUUAUUAACCAACUGAUUGCAUUUUAAACAUAUUUUUAUGCCGAUCUUUAAAAUGCAAUGCUUAAUUAAUUAAUUAGUUAAUUAUAUAUGCUAUGCAUAUAUAAAAAUGAGUUUGGUGUCCCUUUAAGUAGCCAUGCAUUCCUGUAUUUUCUAAACCAAAUGCCAACACAUUGAUGGUUUCUGUUUGCUUGAUUGGAUGAUUGAUCAUCAGCAUAUAAAAGAUUUUAAAAACAAAAACAUCAUUUUGGUGAAAGAGAAAAUUACUAGGGUUCAGUCUUACAGAAACCCUUGAUAAUUGCUUCCAAAUAUGCCUGAGUGUAUAUUUUGCUUUUCCCUAUGGCUUGACAAAUAUCUCAUUAGGUUGAAUGGAAUUUUUGAGUGAGCUAAGUUGUGAAUCAUUGAAUAGAGUGAAUGAUAUUAAAUUUAAGAAUUUAUGUAUUAUUUAAGCUUGUGAUUUAAUUAUCCCUAUCAAGAAGUGUAUCACUGAGUGAUGUAUGCAAUUUGUGAACUGAGACUUAGAAAUCUGGAAUUUCUUAAGAUCAGUAAAGUAAUUUGACAGAGAUGCAGAGCACGUCUGACAAAUAUGCAGUUAAAUAUUGGUGUAACUGUAUUUAUCGUUCUACUUACCAAGUUAUCUAAACAGUCAGUUUUGUCACCGUUUUUAAGCUUGACUGACGCGUGAAGUACUAAGUACGAACUGUUAUUAUUCUGUGUUUAAAUAUAUAUAAUGAAGACUUUAAGGUAUAUGGGGAAUUUUGGCUUAGCAUGAAAUAAUUUGAGAUAAAUGAUCAAACUUAAGGUUUCCCCAAUUUUUGCAGGAGAAAUCAUUUUAUAAUUGAAAUUCCCUAUAGUGCAACCCAGCUAUUUUGAAAACAAAAAUUAAAAUGGUUUAAAGGGACAUUAAACUCCAAAAUUACCAGCCCCAUAAAAUUAUAAAUACAUGUGUAUAUAAAUAUAAUUAUGUAUAUAUAUAUUUAUAUAUGUGUGCGUAUGUGUAUAUAUAUAUAUAUAUAUAAUUUUCAUUAUAUAUAAUUUACGUAUAAAAUAUGAUGUUUUCCCAAAGAGACUGGAAUGUAUUCUAAAAUGUCAGAAAAUUGAAUCAAGGGUAGUGUGAAAUUGUAUUAAUAUCUGUCCCUAAUUGGCUGCAGUGAAGGAGAUACAUUAAACAUACCCAAUGUGUUUUUCAAGGGGUGUAUUUCUAGAUUGCAAACAAAUGCAACGUUUGCUAGCAAAAUUGCAUUGUAAAUGCUUCUAAAACAUUUAUUUUAUAUGCAGAUCCUAUGAAAUGCAGUGCUGAAUUGCAGAUAUAUAUUAUGCAUGUAUAUAAAAUUACUCCAAUGCCCCUUUAAUGCUUACUAUUGGAAACUAUGAAUGCAUUAUUCUGUAAACCAAAUUAUUUAUAGACUCCACCAAUGUACAGCGCAUCAGUUUUUGAGAGCAAACAUGGAGGACAUGCCUGGUAUUGUAUGUAAUGUUAAAACUGUAUAUAAAAUGCAUGAUUUUUUUCUAAAAAAAACAAACUAUUUUAUUAAUUAAAACAAAGGUACAUUAUCUUA